GUUUUGGCCACUCAAACAUGGAAAAGUUUAACUGACAGCGCAUAACUAACUCGGCACUCUGAAUUGGACGAUAGGUAGGCUAGGCCUAUCAUACCGCCACCAGGGAAUUGUUUUUGUGGAGAGAUCGAUUUUGGGAAUCAGUGUCUACGUGCGCAACUGAAGUUUUAUUUGAUUUGUUUUGAUUUAGACUGCUGUGCAAUAGUAUGAUUUUUAGUGUUUGACGUUUGCUCUGGGAGUCAAAGGAGUGCUGAACAUUAAUAAUUUAACCAAAUGGAUUAUGUUCAUUUGGCGCAAAAGCCCUUAUAAGAAGUUGUUUUGUUGUAAUGUUCUGGAUAUGUUUUCGCAGUAUACCUUGCUAAGUGAGUGAUGAUUGAUUUGGAUAUGUCAGCACCGCUGAGCGCUCAUCCACACACUCCAUCAUUCCUGGACUGGGGAAAGUAAGAAACCACCUGUUGUGAAUGCUUUCUGGAACUUACCACGGAUCUACGGCGGCUGCUAAAACAAGACAUUGGAAAGUUGCGCGCAGAACGCACAGAGACAUGUAAACCCGGUAUGUCUUACACGGAACACUGAGAACUCGUUUUGUAUUCAUGGGACAGACUAAUGAUCCCAAUUGAAUUGAAUUAUAUUCAUUUUAGUUAAUGAUGUUGCCAUGGUGGCGUGGGUUAGGAUGAGGAGUCCUGUCUUGGCCACCGAUUGCUGUUGCGCUCAGAAUGGCUCGCGAGGACGCGGUGAGGUGCCUGCGCUGCCUGCUCUACGCGAUCAAUUUACUCUUCUGGCUCAUGUCAAUAUGUGUCCUGGGGGUGGCUGCUUGGCUCAGGGACUACCUGAACACUGUACUCACCUUGGCGGCCCACACCAGGCUGGAGGAAGCAGCAGUUCUCACGUAUUCUCCGGCUGUCCAUCCCGUCAUCAUUGCAGUGUGUUGUUUUCUUAUCAUUGUGGCCAUGGUGGGCUACUGCGGCACACUGAAAUGCAACCUUCUACUCCUGUCCUGGUACUUUGGCAGUCUGUUGGUGAUCUUCUGUGUAGAGUUGGCCAGUGGGGUGUGGACGUAUGAUGAGCCCUCAGUUCAGAGGUCAGAUAUGAUCAGUCUGAAGUCCAGGAUGCCCAACUAUGGCCUGCAGCGUUACCAGUGGCUAACACACACCUGGAACACCUUCCAGACUGAGUUUAAGUGCUGCGGGGUCAUCUAUUUCACCGAUUGGCUGGAGAUGACAGAGAUGGAAUGGCCACCAGACUCCUGCUGCUCCAAUCAGUAUCCAGGAUGUGCUCGCCACGCCCAUUACCGUGACCUCAGUGACCUUCACCAAGAGGGCUGCGGGCCGAAGAUCUACAGUUUCAUCCGGGGGACUAAGCAACUGCAGGUGCUGCGGUUCCUGGGUGUGUCUAUAGGAGUGGCCCAGAUUCUGGCCAUGACCCUGACCCUAACCCUGCUCUGGGCCCUCUACUACGACCGCAAGCCCCCUGAGCCCACCCCGCCCGAACCCCCCACAGGAACCGACCCUGGACCUCUAACCAUCACCCACCCACCCCAAGGGGAGGCUCCUAAAUCGGGUAACACUCGCCCGGCUGAGGCCUGGUCCAAUACUGCGACCACAUCUAACGGACAUGGACACACCCAGUUUGAGAUGGAGACACUGUCCUAGCAGGGGGGGGAUACACUGUCCACCCAUCUGCGCCUCACACCACCGCUCACCCCUACUUCACAGACACUGGAAGAGGGAAAGAAUAAGGGGAUGAGAAGAAAGUGUGAGACUGGAUAGGGGGAGAGAGGGGGGAGAGAAAAACGAGUGUAGGAGACAUGAGAGAGAUUGGGCACAGUUGCAGGAGAGUGAAUACCCCCCAUACCCCCCCUCUCUUUCCCGUUGGACAACAUGACAAUGACAUACUGGACUGUGGGACUUUGCAGGACUAUUUUGUCACAGCUGGGAUUGGAAAUUGUCAGAGAAACGAAAUAACUAUAAGCCGAGGCUUGCUCCUUUAGUGUCACCACUAUCCGGUAGUGAGGAGGGGAGGGAAUCGUUGUAGUUUCCCCAACUUCCCUCCUCCUCGUUGGGAAUGUUUGGGAAUAUCACCACUAGCACUGACUGGAUGAAACCUGUUCAGCAAAGACUGCUGUAAGGACAUGUCAACUCUUCAUCUCACUCAAAACACACUGAACCAAGGAAAUUGAGUUUAUCUGGAUAUUUGGAAAUAUCAUAUGUCUUAAUUUGACAGACCUGUUGGAAUCCACAAGAACCACUCAGCCAUAUUCAUGAGUGUUUGUGCAGCAGUCAGAGUGUAUUAUCGUUGUCUACUAUAAACGGAACAUGAUGUUGGCUAUUUAUCUCUGGCUCUGUGAGAAUAAUGCAUUUCAGCUCAAACUAUAAUCUGUGCAUUUGAUCAUUUCAGAGGGGUUGUGAAAUAUACUGUGUGUUUGCCAAGGAAUAUUAACACAACCAAGCGUUUGUUCUCUGAUACAGAUCACUGUCAGCAUGACACUCUUAGGGAUGAAAAAUAAAAUGUUCUUUCAUCGCCACACAAAACAAAUCAAAUGUAUUUAUAUAGCCCUUCGUACAUCAGCUGAUAUCUCAACGUGCUGUACAGAAACCCAGCCUAAAACCCCAAACAGCAAGCAAUGCAGGUGUAGAAGCACGGUGGCUAGGAAAAACUCCUAGAAAGGUCCAAACCUAGGAAGAAACCUAGAGAGAAACCAGGCUAUGAGGGGUGGCCAGUCCUCUUCUGGCUGUGCCGGGUGGAGAUUAUAACAGAACAUGGCCAAGAUGUUCAAAUGUUCAUAAAUGACCAGCAUGGUCAAAUAAUAAUAAUCACAGUAGUUGUCGAGGGUGCAGCAAGUCAGCACAUCAGUACGUAUCAUACAUUUGAAGUGAACAGAAUUCAUUCUGGGAGAACUAUUAGAAUGAUAUGUGGGAGAGUAUGGUCUUUCAUUUUGAAAUAACAUACCAUGCUUUCAGUGGAGGCUGCUGAGGGGAGGACGACUCAUAAUAAUAUCUGUAAUGGAGCAAAUGGAAACCAUGUUUCGUUUCUGUGACAAUUUCCAAUCCCAGCUGUUACAAAAUAGUCCUAAAAAGUCCCACAUAGAAACCAUGUGUUUGAUACCAUUCCACUCAUUCUGCUACAGCCAUUACCAUGAGCCCUUCCUCCGUAAUUAAGGUGCUAUUGAUAAUCCAUAGUAUUUAUAGCUAGAAGGGCAGUCGGUAAACUGCAGCUGUCACCACCUACUGAAUGUCAGAAACAUCCCCUAAGAUCCUUUAAGUCACUGGUGAUUAUAUUUUGUGUUUGCCCUCUAUCUAUGUGUCCCCUUGCAGUGUGUCCCCUUGCUGUGUGUCUCCUUGCAGUGUGUCCCCUUGCAGUGUGUCUCCUUGCAGUGUGUCUCCUUGCAGUGUGUCCCCUUGCUGUGUGUCCCCUUGCAGUGUGUCUCCUUGCUGUGUGUCUCCUUGCAGUGUGUCCCCUUGCAGUGUGUCCCCUUGCUGUGUGUUCCCUUGCAGUGUGUCCCUUGCAGUGUGUCCCCUCGCAGUGUGUCCCCUUGCUGUGUGUCCCCUUGCAGUGUGUCCCCUCGCAGUUUGUCCCCUCGCUGUGUGUCCCCUUGCAGUGUGUCCCCUUGCUGUGUGUCCCCUUGCAGUGUGUCCCCUCGCUGUGUGUCCCCUUGCAGUGUGUCCCCUUGUUGUGUGUCCCCUUGUUGUGUGUCCCCUUGCAGUGUGUCCCCUUGCUGUGUGUCCCCUUGCAGUGUGUCCCCUUGCAGUGUGUCCCCUCGCUGUGUGUCCCCUUGCAGUGUGUCUCCUUGCUGUGUGUCCCCUUCAAGUCCCUCAUCAAAGGACUCUGGUCAUCCAUGGCUUUCAGCAAGGAUGCUCCAGAGGUGUUACGCUUAAAUGCUGCUGGUCCCAACCUAAGGGUUCCUGGGGGACAGAGACGUACUGUAUGGGCAGGGUGAAAGAAGGUUGCAGAGUCCCCUUUCAAAGUAUACCCUUCAUUGGAGAAGCAUAGGCCGAUCCCAUAACUUUUGGCCAUUUACUCCUUACUGAUGCACUAAAAGUAGAAGCGAGGAUUAGAAAGGUAUCAGCAAUAUGGUUCCAGCUACACCUAGCCCUCCAGGUUGGCAGCUUUCUGACAGUUUCACUCAUUUCAGAUCAGCAAGGACAAACCUGAAAGUGUGUAUGGAAGUGGUUAUGGGUUGGUUCAAGGUCUCAGAGAGACAGACGAUUGGGCCAGUGUAUAUUGAGUAACAACUUUAACUUAGACAUUUUUGAUGGAGGGGGAGAAAGUGCCUGUUUAAAAGAAGAGGAGGAUGGAUGGAAGGCCCCUCUGUCUCUCUCUCUCUCCCUCCCUCCUUCUCCUCCCUCCUUCCCUCGCUCUGUUUGCUGCUUGACAAUGUGAAGAUAUGAUUUAUGGAAGAGGGAAAGGCGUGUAGCCCCGCUGUCACAGUGGGUUACAAAAGACAUAUUGUUUUCUUGCUGGUCGCUCUCUCUCCCCUCCUCUCUGCCUCCUACAUCAAUUCACUUAUUAAUCCUGGUGGGAUACGUCUGUGUGUCUGUGUGUGUGUGUCUGUGAGUGUGUGUGUCUGUAUGUGUUGCUGUGUGAGAGAGAGAGAAACAGUGUGGUGUACAGACAGUAAGCCUCUUCAUUCCUCUUGUUUAGCACAUACAGAACCAAUCAAAAGUUUAGACACACCGACUAAUUCCAGUGUUUUUCUUUAUUUUUACUAUUGUCUACAUUGUAGAAUAAUAGUGAAGACAUCAAAACUAUGAAAUAACACAUAUGGAAUCAUGUAGCAAAUUGAAAUAUAUUUUAAACUCUUCAAAGUAGCCACCCUUGGCCUUGAUGACAGCUUUGCACAUUCUUGGCAUUCUCUCAACCAGCUUCAUGAGGAAUGCUUUUCCAACAGCCUCGAAGGAGUUCCCACAUAUGCUGAGCACAUGUUGGCUGCUUUUCCUUCCCUCUGCGGUCCAACUCAUCCCAAACCAUCUCAAUUGGGUUGAGGUCGGAGGAUUGUGGAGGCCAGGACAUCUGAUGCAGCACUCCAUCACUCUCCUUCUUGGUCAAAUAGCCCUUAAACAGCCUGGAGGUGUGCUGGGUCAUUGUCCUGUUAAAAAUCAAAUGAUAGUCCCACUAAGCGCAAACCAGAUGGGAUGGUGUAUCGCUGCAGAAUGCUGUGGUAGCCAUGCUGGUUAAGUGUGCCUUCAAUUCUAAAUAAAUCACUGUCACCAGCUAAGCACCCCCACUCCAUCACAUCUCCUCCUCCAUGCUUCACGGUGGGAACUACACACGCAGAGAUCAUCAGUUCACCUACUCUGCGUCUCACAAAGACACAACAGUUGGAACCAAAAAUCUCACAUUUGGACUCAUCAGACCAAAGGCCAGAUUUCUACCAGUCUAAUGUUCAUUGCUCGUGAUUUGUGGCCCAAGCAAGUCUCUUCUUAUUAUUGGUGUCCUUUAGUAGUGGUUUCUUUGCUGCAAAUCGACCAUAAAGGCCUGAUUCAUGCAGUCUCCUCUGAACAGUUGAUGUUGAGAUGUGUCUGUUACUUGAACUCUGUGAAGUAAUUAUUUGGGCUGCAAUUUCUGAGGCUGGUAACUCUAAUGAACUCAUCCUCUGCAGCAGAGGUAACUCUGGGUCUUCCUUUCCUGUGGCGGCCGUCACGAGAGCCAGUUUCAUCAUAGCGCUUGAUGGUUUUUGAGACUACUUGAAGACUGCACAUUGACUGACCUUCAUGUCUUAAAGUAAUGAUGGACUGUUGUUUCCUUUUGCUUAUUUGAGCUGUUCUUGCCAUAAUAUAGACUUGGUAUUUUACCAAAUAGGGCUAUCUUCUGUAUACCAGCCCUACCUUGUCACACAAUUUGAUUGGCUCAAAUGCAUUAAGAAGGAAAGAAAUUCCACAAAUUAACUUUUAACAAGGCACAUCUGUUAAUUGAAAUGCAUUCCAGGUGACUUCCUCUUGAAGCUGGUUGAGAGAAUGCUAAGAGUGUGCAAAGCUGUCAUCAAGGAAAAGGGUGGCUACUUUGAAGAAUCUCAAAUAAAAAAUCUAUUUUGAUUUGUUUAACACUUUUUUUGGUUACUACAUGAUUCCAUGUGUGCAUUCUUAGUUUUGGUGUCUUCACUAUUAUUCUACAAUGUAGAAAAUAGUAAAAAUAAAGAAAAACCCUGGAAUUGGUAGGUGUGUCCAAACUUUUGAUUGAUACUGCAGAUAUAUCAGGCCAACAUCCCUUUCCCUCUGUUCUUAGUCUCUGUCUAAUUGAUACAGAUCUAUGAUAUUUUGCUCUCUGGAUUUAGUUUUGAGUAACAAUAGAGAAGUCAUGGAGAAAGGACUGUCUCAAUCCCUCAAUCCCACAGAGGGUCACUGCUUUAGGACAAAUUCACAGUUGACAUGGGGACAGAGGGAUACAAACACAUACUCUCUCCCCCCUCCCUUUCUUUCUCGGUGUACAGUAAAAGGAGCCACCGGCAGAAAUAAAACCAUUACCCUCUGACCCCUGUGUAAAAAUAGCAGGGGCAGAAAUAGUCUGUGUGCUGGCAUGCUGCUUGGGUAAUUCCCGCUUCAGUUUUCCCCCUGAUGCAUGUCAUCUGCAAUGCACCUAGGGAAGCUGAUGGGACCAUACAUUCUCCCAAAACAUCUCAAUUACUAACUCCCUGAUGAGAAAUAUGGUAAUACAGAGAGACAAAUGUGAGCGCACACACACACACACACACACACACACACACACACACACACACACACACACACACACAGGCCAACUCCCUUAUGAGAAAUAUGCUGAUACAUUCACAGUGCAGAGAGAAAUUACCCUGGGAGAUAGACUCUCCUGCUCCAUAUUGUAUGGCUAAGAUUGGACAAGACUGGACAAGGACUAUCAUUAUACAAUGUCUUCAGAAAGUAUAACACCCCUUGACUUUUUCCACAUUUCGUUGUGUUACAAAGUGUGAUUAAAAUGGAUGUCAUAUGAACGAUCUACACAAAAUAACUCCGUAAUGUCAAUUGUGCGACAUUUGAUUGCACAACAUUUGCCAUUAUUCUUUUAAAAAAGCUCAUUUUCAUUUUCAGGUCACCAUUUUCAGGUCUUGCCAUACAUUUUCAAACAGAUUUAAGUCAAAACUGUAACUCGGCCACUCAGGAACAUUCACUGUCUUCUUGGUAAGCAACUCUAGUGUAGAUUUGGCCUUGUGUUUUAGGUUAUUGUCCUGCUGAAAGGUGAAUUAAUCUCCCAGUAUCUGGUGGAAAGCAGACAGAACCAGGUUUCCUCUAGGAUUUUGCCUGUGCUUAGCUCUAUUCCAUUUCUUUUUUGUCUACAAAAACUCUACAAGCAUACCCAUAACAUGAUGCAGCGAUCACCAUGCCUGAAAAUAUGGAGAGUGGUACUCAAUAAUGUGUUGUAUUGAAUUAACCCCAAACAAAACACUUUGCAUUCAGGACAAAAAGUGAAUUGCUUUGCCACAGAUUUUGCAGUAUUACUUUAGUGCCUUGUUCCAAACAGGAUGCAUAUUUUGGAAUAUUUUAUAAUCUAUACAGGCUUCCUUCUUUUCACUCUGUCAAUAAGUUAAGUAUUGUGGAGUAACUACAAUGUUGUUGAUCCAUCUUCAGUUUUCUCCUGCAGCCAUUAAACUCCGUAACUAUUUUAAAGUCACCAUUGACUGGCCUCAUGGUGAAAUCCCUGAGCUGUUUCCUUUCUCUCCGGCAACUAAUCCAUUUUAUAUUCAGCCUGUAACACAACAAAAUGUGGAAAAAGUCAAGGGGUGGGAAUACUUUCUGAAGUGUAUACAUAGUGUAUCAACAGCAAUAAGUGUUCUUUGGUGCAGAAGAUCUUACAGAUACACAGAAAUAUGUGGAUAUACAACAUAGUGUAUAAGCAGCAAUACAGUACAUUAUACAUUGGUGCAAAAGAAACAGACCGUACAUUGACUUUGGAAACAUCUAAAUGUUUGAUGUCAAAAGAAGACAACCACUUAUAUAAGUACUUUAAUAGGACAAUGAUUUAUUCUAUUUACUCAUAGACACUGCACCGGACUAAACAAUUGCAUUUUAUUUUUUUAAUAUCUUUUCAAUAAUUCAAAUACACGAGCUGUAACAGAUCAAAAGUAAUCGUCAUAUAAUUAUCAUUUUAAUUUCCUCAAUUUACAUAAUCUCAUGUACAAGACCUAAGUACACUCCUUCACCCCAAAAGUUUUUCACUUAGCCAUGGAAACUGAAAGACAGAGGCUGUGUCCCAAAUGAUACCCUACUCCCUAUAUAGUGCACUACUUUUGACCAGAGCCGUAUGGCCUUGUGUCAAAAGUAGUGCACUAUAUAGGGAAUAGGGUGCCAUUUGGGAUGCAGACAGAGACAACGCCUGUCCUUGUGCAACACUAAACUCAAAGUUCUCCAGCAAACGCAUGCAUUUUCUCAAAGAAUCCCUUUAGAAAAAUAUUAAGCUGGUUCUUAAAAUGCGGUGGAGCAGAAGGCUAACUAAAAUAAGACACUAGAACCUUCGGUGUAAAUGAUUUUUAAAAACGACUAAACCAUGAUGAUUUUUACUACACCAAAGAACAAUUUACAGCACAUGUGCACUAGCAACAGUUGUAAUUCUUUUUUUCUUUUUACAUGAAAAAAAAGACAGUUAUAAUUGUAUCAACAUCAUUUGAUAUUUUAAAAAAUAUGUAUUUGCGUUUCCCUAUUGCCCCCCUCCCACACUCUCUCCCUCUGAUACAAAGAAUAUCUUUACGAACAAACCAAAAAAUUGUUGCAUAUGUCACAUCAUAGUCAAGCAGUGAUGGUGGAGUGGACAGGUUUGGGGGCGGGACGGUGGGAAAGGGGCGGGGGUUGGAGCAGGGGGUGUGGCAUUCGCUUCAGCAGUCUCAAGAGCCACGUUCAGUUCACCGACGUCAGCCAUCUUGGAAAACGUAAAAGCGUAAAGAAAAUAUCCAUCGUCAUUAGGAAAACGACAAGUUCUCAAUUAAACCUCCCGAGAUCUCACAGCCGAGAAAUAGAAUAUCAUUAAAUCAGCUCGCUGGAUAUUAAAGUGUCAUUCAAUGCAUUUGCACUGAUUUCGUUGUACUGAUUUGGAAUGGUUACAGGACUCCAUCCCCGCCAAGCGCUGAGAGUGUUCUAGCUACGGUGAUAGUUGAGCUAUCAGUCACGACAAGACAGAAUUAUCAUAGAGUGUCAAACCCCAACAGCUCAAUAAACACUUUCAGUCAGUCAUGUUUGAUAGACUGGUACAGGAGUUUUCUUUACACUUUGAAUUUCAUUUUCCAUAACAAACCCCCAUUUGUUGGUAAAGUAUGGAGGCUUGUGUGGUACAAAUCAGGAACAAAACAAACGUCAUACUGUCUGUAGCAAACCAACAUGCACUUCAAAUGAACAGAGACCUUCAAAAUAAAAGUCUAAUCACAGUUUUAUCCCCAUAUUCAGAAGAAAAUCAUCUUUGUAUCAAAAUGGAAUGGACUCAAAUAUCAGUGUGUUCAUAUAAGACCACUUCUUCUCCCCUCAGUCAAUCUGCUUUAGCAUGUCCACGCUGCAUAAAACAAGACAAAACACAACAUUGCAGUUUGGAUAAAUUCAUCAAUGUAUCUAUAAAAACCUCAAUAAACCCUCAAUAAAAGUAACAAUAAACCCAUUUUCAAGGUCAGGCAUCAUGUGGGUGCUGCUUUGAACGAUAAACCACGACAAAUGAAGUAGUCAACUCUGGUGGAGAGAGGAGGAUAGUUUCAAAAUGGCAGCAAAGGUAUUCAGUAUUCACAAUGGCCAUUCGGUUAGAGAGGACAGGACGGACAGGAGAGGAACAAUCAUCUCUUUCAUACAAGUAGGUACAUAAGUAAGUCAGCUCUGAGAGAAAGGGCGAGUGUGAUAUGCUAGAUCACCAAUAUAUACAGCACACACACCGAGGACUCAACCCUUAUUGCUCAUGCUAAUGUCACACAUACACAUACAGGGGAGAGCAAUGGGGUCAUGCGCACACACACGCACACACACAUGCACAGAGCCCUGCCCACGCACACAGUAGCCCUCCCUAUUUAUUUUACUAUGCUUGUGGGGACCAAACCACUGAUUCCCACUCAAAAUCCUAUUUCCCCUAACUCCUAACCCUAACCUUAACACUGAUUUGCAAUAUACAGACAGAGCAGAAAGUUGCAAUAAGCCUGUGCAACCCAAGGUUUGAUACCAGCACAAACAGAAACCCUCUUAAACCUAACCUUAACCUGAACCCUGACCCUAAAUGUAAUCCUAAACCCAAACCUAACCUUAACCUGAACCCUAACCCUAUAUGUAAUCCUAAACACAAACCUAACCAUAACCUGAACCCUGACCCUAAAUGUAAUCCUAAACCCAAACCUAACCUUAACCUGAACCCUGACCCUAAAUGUAAUCCUAAACCCAAACCUAACCCCUGAAAAUUCCUUUUUCCUUGUAUGGAUCGGCUAAAUGUUUCCACUUGUCCGAAUGUUCCUUGUUUUACUAUCCUUGUGUGGACUUCUGGUCCCCACAAGAAUAGUAAAACCAAAAACACACACACACAGGCACACACAAAAUCCUAACCCCAAAACGUAAACCUAACCCUUAAGCCUAAAAUAGCAUUUUUAGCAAAUUCAGGACAUUUAACAAAGUCCAGACUGUUCAGAAAUGUCCUUGUUUUCCUACCUUAUCAGGCCAUUCUGGUGAAUUGUUAGGACAUUAUGAUCCUGAUAAGGUUGGAAACCAUGUACACACACACCCACACACUUUUCAGGACGUUUGGGGGAGUAAAAAUGUAUUCCAAAUCAAAAUCCUAUUUUCCCUAACCCCUAACCUAACCAUAACCCUCAUUCAGAGUAUGUGAGCGGAGUUUAGCGGCAGGAAAUCCUGUUUAUCGCUCAUGCAAAUAAAUCGAAUCCGAGUCACUGAGUCAAGAGGGGGUGUCCGAGACUGGGAGGGUGACAAGAGGUUUCCGAGACCGAGUCAAGACCGAGACCAGUAAAAUGCGAGUCCAAUUCAAGACCAUGAUUGUAAUUUUGUCAAAUCACCACAAUAACAAGAAUUCAAAAUGUCCAGUAUUUCUGUGUUCAUAUUUCAGAACAACAUUUGGAUUCUUUAGGCAUUCAGAAUAGUGAAGAAAUGCAUGCUGAGGAAAAUAGAGCCACUCUACAAAUAUUACUAACCCAAACACAGUGGGGAACAAUGGGCCUUCUAAGCCUUUAGACAAGGGCUAAGGAUUUAUAAAAUAAUGAUUAUAAUAAUAUAAUAAUAAUGAUAAUUAUAUUAUUAUUUUCAAUGAUGUUCUGAUUUGUUCUGAAGGAAAGGGUUAACACUGAAGAGAAAAAAAUAUCCAAUCAGGAUUUUCUUUGCUGGUCUCUGGGGAGAUAAAUCUAGCUGGAUAAGUCAGCCAUUGGCAAGUCCAUCAGAAGCUAGGUGAAGGCAUCUGCCAUUCAACUGUAUUUGGGCAAAAUAUUGGAGUGACUGUGGAAUCAACCAAUCACAUUUAGACUUAAUGGGUGGGACCGCUUUUCCAAAAUGUAUGGAAACUUCUGCCUUCUUGAAGGCCCAACAGGUCACUGCGCAUUAGCGAGCAGUAGUUUUCCCACAGUCUAGCUAGCAUUUGUUGUUGGCUAGUUUGCAGCAGCUGCAGCAGGUGUUAUCAAGGAGGCUAGUUUGCUAAUUUGUUAGCUUCUCUCUUUUCAAGAAUAACUGUCAACAAGAAGCUGUGUUUCAAAUGAUCAUCAUCUGGUGAGUGGAACUGUGUUUUUUAUUGCAGCGUGUUUGUGGUGUUAGCCAUCUCUUUGAAAAUAACUUGGGUGUGCGAAACAUUGUUGCAUUUAAAGUGGAGCUUACAGCAUUUUAGCAACAUGACAUCUUAUUCAAAUCUGUUCAUCUACAUACACCCUCAGGAAGAAUGACACUUUUUAAAAAACAUUUUCUGACAAGCGAUCACAUUUUCAUAAAUUAUGUAUACUAAGGCAUUUUUGAAAAUUCUAUAGCAAUAUAGAGUGGGAAAGUGGCCGUGCAUUUGGACAAUGCAGUAAAUAAAAAGGAAAUAAAAACAUCUGUCCUGUCCAGGACCGGAGUCUACACAGACCGGUGCACUAUAGUCAAUCAGAGCUACAGUAGGCUUUUAAACAAACAAGCCAUUUGUCACAUGGGCCUGCCAUCAUUCACUUUGAACUGGACUGUGUGUUUACAGGAAGUUGCAACAGCGUGACUUUAGAUCAUUAGAACGCAUUCACCAAAAGCCACAAAAUUGUAGCAUCCUCGUCCUUCUACAGCUUGUCUGCCAAUGCAUGCUUGUCCCAACCAAGCACCAAAGCUAACUGGUUAAAGUUGGCUAGCUUGAUAGCUAGCUACUUCCAAACACAAAUGAGAGAACACCUCACUCUGACCAUUUUACUCACAGUAGCAGAGCUAGUUAGGCUUUUUACAUUUUAUCUAGAGCGUUCUUGACUAACUCUUACUUUUUUUGUCUACAUUUACUGAUACUGGUCAUAUUCAGCGGGUGUUGCACAUUCGUAAAUUCAUCAGUUGUUCUGCGCUCUGGCACACUCAGGCGAGAGCUCUCUAAUAUUGGAGUAGAUAGCCAGAGUGAAUUUGUGAACGCAAGAGAUAUGCUAACUGGGUAACACUCAUUCAAGUUCUUGCUAGCUAACCAAAUGACACCUGCAUCUCUAGCUGUGUGUAGCCACCGAUAUGAGGGGAAAAAAGUCAGUCACUCACCCACUCCUCCAAUGGCAUGACAUCCCGCUAGCAGCUAGCUAUCUAGCUAACUUUAGCUUCCGUGUUUUUAGCCUGCUACAUACAUAGAUAUGCUAGCCUAUUAGCCACUUUAUGACUGACUUGUGACCAUUGCCCUUGCUGGUUUGAUUGUAUUGACAUUCCCAGAGUUACAUUCGUCCAUUUUUGUCCAGAAUAUUGAGUCUUUGAAAUUGAAACAGUGCAUCCCGAAUUGGGGUGGUGCGGUGGGAAAGGGGUGGGGGUUGGAGCGAACAAUGUCCCAGGCCAGCUGUGAUUUACAACCUGACAGCAAUAUGUUUUGGACAACCAAGAAAUGUAUUGGUGAAUUAUAUUAAUCAUGCAUUGUACUGCAUCCAUCUAUUCUACCAACAAUGCCUUACUCUAUGUCAUGGAAUGUUGAGUCAUUUAAACUAUUAAAAAAAAUAUCAUAUGAAGUUGGUUUUGUAGCAUAAACUAUUUUUGACUGAUAUUAUGAUUGUCUGUUUGUUUUAUAUCUGCAAAGUAGUUAAAACGCUGUCAGUUCCACUUUACACUUUAGGUCACCGGUGCUAAACGUGAAAUGUUUUUUUGCAAUGGGAGGUAAUAGUUGUACAUUUUGAUUGGGAAAUGCUUAAUGGUUGUGUUUUUGUAUUCUUAUAAUUGGGAACUAAUGUUUUAUUAUGUCCAAGUUUAUUGACUACUUAUCCUUUAACGUCAUGCUGUGUGUGACUGCUGUCCUUCCAUCAGCCCUAUGCAGUGGUGUGGUGGUGCCUGGAGAAGUGGGCAUACUCACAUUUUGCUAAAAAAGUUCCCAAACGGCACGCCUAGCGAAGGAAAGGCACCUGUGUGAAAAACCCUGUUUCCUACGUUUUUUAAAAUGAGUUUCCCAUAAAUUUAUCAGAUUUUCACUCUCAAAAUCACACCUAUUUAAAAAAAAUAGAAAAUAUACUAAAAUGUGAUGUUCUAAGUCUACAACAAUGCUUCAACCACAUCAAUCUGAUUGGGUGGGCCUGUCAGGGCCUGGCUCCCCAUUGGGUGGGCCUCUGUCCACCCAGGCUCAUCCAUGUCUAGCCUACUAACCAACACUUUGGAUUAAACUUUUUUCAAUACCUGGUUUGCA